CGUCGUAGCGUUUGGUGCAGUUGUCACUCCCUUCUGGGUACCAGCUCCCCCGCUGUCCUGCGCACUACGGCCGGGCGUCGGGCCCGUAAAGGCGGAGCAGGUCUGUGGGUCUGUGGGUCUGUGCCAAGUAUCCAGCAGCGCACUCACGGCGAGAAUCGAGAAGAGGGGAGACAACAAGGGAGCAAUGGCGUCCAAACAGGAGCAAGCUGUAAAAAAUCUCAACGUGGAAAAUACCAACCAGGAAAAUGACAAAAAGGAUGAAAAGGAGCAAGGCUCUAAUAAAGGAGAGCCCUUGGCUCUCCCUUUGGAAGCUGGUGAAUAUUGUGGGCCUAGAGGAAAUCGCAGGCGGUACCGUGUUAGGCAGCCCAUCCUGCAGUAUAGAUGGGACGGGGGUCAGAGGCUUGGAGAGCCACAGGCAAGGAUGAGACAAGAGAAUAGGGAAAGAGCUGGGGAUGAUAUGAGACAGCUGAUGGAAAAGCUGAGGGGAAAGCAGUUAAGUCAUAGUCUACGAGCAGUUAGCACUGACCCCCCUCACCAUGACCAUCACGAUGAAUUUUGCCUUAUGCCCUGAAUCCUGAUGUUUUCCCUGAAGUUAAUAGGAAGACACACCUGCUUCCUAAACUUACAUGUUUGUGAUGUACCUUGCUGUAAACCUUUUGUUGUUAGUUGUUUCUUGUGGGUCUCUACCAGCUUCUGGUUGAAUGGUAUGCUUUUUCCCCAGCCUGUGAGAUUUUGUUAGAUGAAGAAUUUGACCUAUUGCAUGGAAAGAUGCUUAUUAUAUAUUGUGACGUUAAUAAAGCAGUUUUAAAAAUCAAA